AUGCUAAUCUACAUUACAGUCCAUAAAGACUUUUCUCAUCCUUCAGUCGAGAAGGAUACUUUUCAGUUAGAUGUUGAAUCUACAAUAUCCAUCGAAGAUAUAAAGGUACCAAAUACAUUCAAAGGGGAAGGUUCUUAUAACUUUAAGAUAUAUCGAUUUGGGUCCAGACGACUUUGAUUUAAUUCAAGAAUAAAGCAAGACCAAAUUAGUUAACAAAUCUAAAGUACAUGAGUUAUUGUUAGGAACAGAUAAUCCUAUUAAAUUUGUGAUGAUCCAAAGAUCAAAAGGAUGUUGUUGUUUCACAUUUUGA